GCCUAUCAGUAACAGAUGAUAGAAACGAUCCAGCAAACAAACGCAGAGGGGAAAAUGGCGAGAGGACCCCAAUGAUGCCAAGAAAAUGGAAGACACGACAUGGGAACAAAGAAUCCAUGCUUUGACCCAUAUCAUAACCAACCCUACAACCACACCACCCCUCCAUUCUCAAUUCUUCAUAGCCACCCAAGUUCCCUGCUACAUCCACUGGGACUACCCGCCAAUUCUCUGCACCAAACCCUCCUCCACUUUCCCAUCUCUGCAUCUCAAAUGGGCUAUCUCUCUUUUCCUCAACAAGGUCUCCAGAUUGGGUCUUCCCAGGACUUCUUGGAGGUCCAAAUGCCCGUUUCAAUUGCCCCCACCAAUCAUCCGUACUAAAGGAGUGGAGGAAGCUCAGUGGGGUGAUGCUGAGAAGAGAGAAUAUGUGAGGAAAAGAUUGAGAAGGAAACGACUUGGGAGCAAUGUUCAUCCCUUGAUUCCAAUUCUUGUACCAAAUCUAUUGUUGUUUGCCCUUCUGUUCUGGGAUCCUGUACCAGAGUACACUUUGUAGCAGGAAAAUUUGUUAAACUCUGUUGAGCGUCUGCCGUUCUUCAUUUUCCUUUGAAAGCUGUUUGGAUAUGUGCUUAGUUUCCAGAAGCUUGGGAAAGUGGGAGGAAGAGAUAACUUGGGCAUCCAACUCAUUUAGGUAUCAGUUUAAAAGAGUAACCUUUGCAAUUACAGUCUAUAAACUGUGGAGUGCUAGGAAUGCUGUGGGGUUUUUCAAGCUAAAUAUAUAACUGCUACUGGGAUUAUGAAUUCCAUCAUUGAUAUGGUGUAGAAUGUGGUCAGAACUUGGGACAAAAUUCCAGGAUGCAAGGAGAAUUGUGGAUUGGCACUAGGAUGGGGACUCUCUCUAGAUCAGUUCUGCUAGAUUUUUGCAUAGGCUGUGCACAGUUAGUUGUUCCCUUACGUGUAAUUGUCGUUGCUUAUCAUCAAUAAAAAUCAUUUUUUUGCUUGUAAAAAACGCAGUA